GCGAUAGUGAAGAAAUGGAAAACAAAAUUGUAGAAACCUUGAUUGAGUUAUCUUCAUCAAGUGCUCUCGAACUUAACACAGACUUCUCUCAGACUUACCUUAGCCCAGCUACACCUAUAGCGGCAUUAGAGGUAGUUCCAAAAAUAAAUGUUAAAAUAUGAAAAUAAUGAUAAUAAGCCUAUAAAUGGGAAGACUGGCUUGAAAAGAUUUAGAGAAAAUUUUAAUAAGAAAAGCAAAUUUGCGAAGCCACCAGUUCCAAAGCCAGUCAAGUUGAAGCAACUUGAGUUUUCUAAAGAGUCCCAGUUAUCUCCCUGGGAAGAGUCUAACGGACAAAUUCUACAGAGGAGGGUUGUGUGAAGCAAUUAUCUCAAAGCUAAAAUCAACAUUCAGAAAAGAAAUAUUCAGAGCCUUGACCGCAAUAAGACUAGGAAAAAUAGUGAAGGGCAAGAUAUCAAGAAGAAUAAUGAAGAGAAAAAGGCCUUUCUUAUCAAAGGAUCUCAUUCAGAAUCUAAAAAUACAAAUUUAAAGAAACAAAUUGUGGUGCGGCCCAAACCCAACAAAAUCACCCACAAAGAACACAUGCUAAACAUAGACUCUACUGAAAUCCCUCAUUUUGAAAUCAAGCAAGACCAAGUUCUUUGAAAAACUGAUCAGACUUCGACACCCAUAAACUCAGGUGUCAGACCUGCCCAGACUCUAAUGAAUGGGCUGGAGGGAAUAAAAGAGUUAAACAAAAAGGAAUCGACCGAUUUUCUUAAGAUUAAAAUCAACACAAAUUUACAAUCUGAGAUUUUGGAGACAAGCACGUUCGAAGAUCAUACAGCUGUUAGGAAGAAGCAAUUAGACAUAAAUCCAGAACAAUUUGACCUUCACAGUUUGAAAAUUAAAGCUGAUAUUUGUGUGUCCCAAGCUACAAAGCCCAAAGCUUUAAAUAUUGAGCUUGAAAAUUUAGUGAAGCCAGAGAUAAAGUCCUCGAGAGUUAGUUCCUUGGUUAAUACCUUUGAAGAGGCUCUCCAAGAUUUUGAUAAUAAAAGAAGCGCGUUAGAAAGAAUUAAAAUGUACCAAGCUAAAAUGAUGAAGCAAACAGGAAAAUCUUGAAGGUCAAAAACACAAGAUUCGAAAAGAAGGUUUAAACUCAAAACUUUUAAUUUUAUGGAGAAUUUUCAUGCUAAUCAUCCUCGUAAAGGAUCUGAAGAUCUUGAUUCAAACAUAUAUUAUGAAAUAUCUAAAAAGAAUGGGAGAAAUAUCCAGAGCCAAUACAAGAGCAGGAGGAAUUCCCAACAGAUGCUAAAAUAUAAGAAAAAUUUUGCCAGUCUUAAGACAAGUCACUCACAAAAAUAGGAAGAUAAAAUUUAAGAAAAAUCAGAAAAUGUUUAAAAAGUCUGACUCUACCCAGAAAUUUGCAGGUGAUAUCGAUGUAGAGAAGUUUCUAUUCCAAAUCACUUCCCAGAGGAAGAAACCAAUGAGAAUGGAGAAUCCACUAAAUGUACUAAACAUUAAGAGCUACUCUGAUGCUAGGCUCCACCCUCAGACAUCCAAGGCUAUUGGUCAGGGGCCAUUUUCAGAUAUCCUGGGUAUAAAGAAGAGUAAAAUUCUUGCAUCUAAAGGGAUGUUGCAGCGGAUUGACAAUGAAUCCAUUAAUAAAAAUCUCAGAGGUAUAUUAAUCCAUCAGAAUUUCAACUAAAUUUACAUUUCAGGG